AUGGACAAAAAGCAACAUUCAAAAUCAACUGCUAGUGAAUCAUCUUCUCCUUCCACAAUAAAUAAAUCAAAAGAAUCGUCAUCAACAACAGCAGCAGCAUCAUUACCAACAACAACGACAAGCAGAAAUGCAGUACUACCUCAAACUGCUCGUCGGAUUCUUCAAAAUUUCCUUUUGGUAUGGCUCGAUGCCAAUUUGCAAGAAUCAGAUAACGAUUUUAAGAAUUCAUUGCAACAUCUUCGAAAAAUUGUGGCAUCUAUCACAACGUUUACGGAUGCCCAACAAUGCGUUAAUUUCCUAAGUGAAAUCAAAAAAGAAAAGGUAUUUAUGAUCGUAUCAGGUUCUUUGGGUCGUCAAAUAGUACCAGAAAUCGAAGCAUUGCCACAACUGGAAGCAAUUUAUGUGUUUUGUGGUAACCAAUCGGUUCAUGACCAAUGGGCUAAAAAAAUAAGCAAGGUUAAGGGUGUAUAUACUAAAAUAGAACCAAUUUGUCAAGGACUUGAAAUCGAUCGACAACGAUGUGAUCAAGCUAUGAUCCCGGUCAGCUUUAAUGGUCGUGAUGCAUUAUUUAUGUAUACACAACUUUUAAAAGAAGCGCUUUUGGAAAUUGAAGAUGACGAUGUCAAAUCGAUUAAAGAUCUCGUCGAAUACUGUCGUCUGCAAGAUGAUAUUGAUGAAGAUGAAAUAAAAAAAGUGCAGCGAGAAUACCGAAACCAGACACCAAUUUGGUGGUAUACGGCUCCUUAUUUCAUGUACUCAAUGCUCAAUCGUGGGCUCCGAGAAAUGGAUGUCGAUAUUAUCCUGAAGAUGGGCUUUUUCAUCCGACAUCUACAUCAGGAUAUUACCGAACUACAUCGCGAACAACAAGGAAACAUGCCAACAAAUUUUCAAGUCUUCCGUGGACAAGGUUUGUCCAUGGAAGAUUUUGAAAAAAUGAAAAAAACCAAAGGGGGACUUAUGUCCUUCAACAAUUUCCUGUCAACAAGUCGCAACCGUGAGAUAUCUUUCAAAACCUUUGCACGACCAGCAGCAUUAAAUACAAAUUCAGUUGGUAUUCUCUUCGUUAUGAACAUUGACACGGGUAUUUGCACAAAAUCAUCAACACCAUUUGCUGAAGUAAGUAAAGUUGGUUACUACAAAGAUAAAGAGGAAGAAAUACUCUUUUCAACACAUGCGAUUUUUCGUAUCGAUCGCAUUGAACGAAUUCCCGAUAAUCACUGUGAUCGGCUAUACGAAGUCACUCUCACUAUUGUGGGUAAUGACAAUCAUGAGUUGAACACACUUACAGCACAUCUGCGAGAAAAGUCCACUUGGGCAACAGGAUGGGCUCGAUUUGGUUACAUACUUAUUAAACUUGGUGAGCCUGCAAAAGCAGAACAACUCUAUCAGAUGCUCAUUGAAAAGGCGCCUUCUGAUAAAGAUAGAGCUGAUUACAAUCAUCAACUUGGCUGGGUGUAUUAUAAUAUGGGACAGUAUUCAAAAGCACUUUUAUAUUAUGAAAAAUCACUGGAUAUUUACAAGAAAAUUCUCUCUCCAAAUGGUCUCAUUAGAUCAUUUAUGAAAAAACAACAAUUGUGGAUAUGUACAACAGAUCAUCUUGUGCUUGUCGUCUUUAUUGAUGCACAUCAAAUAUAA